GACGCCUCGCUGAUGGACAUGAACUCCCUCAGCCCCAUGAUGCCGACGUCCCCUUUAUCGAUGAUCAACCAGGUCAAGUUUGAAGAUGAGCCGGACUUGAAGGAUCUCUUCAUCACGGUGGACGAGCCCGAGAGCCACGUCACCACGCUGGAAACCUUCAUCACCUACAGGGUCGUCACGAAGACGUCCCGUGGGGAAUUUGACUCCAGCGAGUUCGAAGUCAGGAGGCGCUACCAAGACUUCCUCUGGUUAAAAGGAAAACUGGAAGAGGCACACCCCACCCUGAUUAUCCCACCGUUGCCAGAGAAGUUCAUAGUGAAGGGGAUGGUGGAACGCUUCAACGACGACUUCAUCGAGACGCGCCGGAAGGCCCUGCACACAUUUCUGAACCGAAUUGCCGAUCAUCCAACUUUAACGUUCAAUGAAGACUUCAAAGUUUUUCUUACUGCACAAGCUUGGGAACUGUCUUCUCACAAGAAGCAAGGGCCGGGGCUCCUCAGCAAGGUGGGGCAGACGGUCCGCGCCGUGGCCUGGUCCGUGCGGGGAGUGAAAAGCCGCCCCGAGGAGUUCAUGGACAUGAACGACUUCAUUGAAACCUUCAGCCAGAAAAUCAACUUGAUAGACAAAAUAUCUCAGAGAAUUUACAAGGAGGAAAGGGAAUACUUGGACGAAAUGAAAGAAUAUGCCCCGAUUCAUACCCUGUGGGCGGAGUCCGAAGAAGACCUGGCGGACACCCUGAGCGGGGUUGCCAGCUGCCUGGCCCGGUGCUGCACCGCCACCGAGAGGCGCCUGUCGGGGCUGCCCGAGGCCCUGCUCCCGGUGGUCCACGAGUACGUGCUUUACAGCGAGACGUUAACGGGUGUCAUGAAGAGACGAGACCAAAUCCAAGCAGAACUGGACUCCAAAGUGGAAGCGCUGACCUGCAAGAAGGCAGACGCGGACCUGCUCACGGAAGAGAUCGGAAAGCUCGAAGAUAAGGUGGAGUGCGCCAAUAACGCUCUGAAAGCGGACUGGGAGAGGUGGAGACAAAAUAUGCGGAAUGACAUCAAGUCUGCGUUCUCAGACAUGGCCGAGCGGAACGUCCAGUAUUACGAGCAGUGCCUCGCCACGUGGGAGUCCUUCCUCUCGUCGCAGAGCGACUUCUGCUCCAAAGAGCCCUGCGAAGAGGAUCCUUGACCCCGCGGAGGACUUCCGUGACCCUCGGGAGGGAGCGCCGCUUGGCCGAAGUCAUUCUUCCCGGGUGGGCCGUGCCCUCGACACAGUGGGCGCCAGACGCUCCACACCGUCUG